AUGUUCGUCGUUUCAAAAAAAUUGGCAUGUCUUCGUCUGACAUUCAUUCGUACGGUGACUACCGAUGUUCUUCGAAUUGGAUCUGUCACACGUCCAGUAACUCCAUCAAAUGAUAAGAAUCAAUCACUUAUUCCUAUAUUUUACUAUGAAAAAAAUCUUUUUCCACCAUCAUUUAUUCGUCAUCUUGAAUGGUUAAUGAAAAAAGAUAAACUUGGACAAGACGCUUUAUUUGUUGGUCCACCUGGUCCAACUCGUCGUCAUCUUAUUCUUGCUUAUCUUGAAUUAACUCGUAAACCAUAUCAAUAUUUACAAUUAACUCGUGAUACAACUGAUUCUGAUAUAAAACAACGACGAGAAAUUCAAAAUAAAACAGCUUUAUUUAUAAAUCAAGCAGCUGUUAAUGCUGCCAUACAUGGUCAUACGCUUGUUUUAGAUGGUUUAGAAAAAACUGAACGAAAUGUUUUACCUAUAUUAAAUAAUUUACUUGAAAAUCGUGAAAUGAAUUUAGAUAAUGGACAAUUUUUAGUAUCAACACAACGUUUUGAUGAAUUACUAAAAUUCUAUACGAAAGAACAACUUGAUCAAUUGAAUUUUAUUCGUGUUCAUGAAGAUUUUCGUGUUAUUGCUUUAACAUUACCACCAUUACCAGACUAUAAAGGACAUAGUCUUGAUCCACCAUUACGAUCUCGCUUUCAAUUACGUGAUAUUGGUAAUGUACCAUUAACAUUUACUGAACAUACAAAUCUUCUUAGAACACUUCAUCCUAAUGUUGAUGGUCUUUUCAUUGAAAAUUUACUUUCAUUAGCAUCAUUAAUUAAUUCAAUAGAUUUAGAAGCUGUUAAAUUAAUACAUUUUCCAUUUGAUCGUCUUAAUCUUUCUGUUCGUUUAGCUGAAUUAGUUCCAAAUAUAAAUCUUGCUGAUUGUCUUCAUCGUAUUUAUCCAUAUGAUAUUCUUUAUAAAAAUUCAAAAGAAUCAAAACAAACUAUUCAACAUAUAUUUAAAAAAUUAGCUAUUCAACAACAACUAGAAAAAUCAUCAAAGAAAAUUCUUAAUAUCAAUCGACAAGAAACAAAAGCUAUCGUCGAUUAUGAAAUGAAUGGCAAAAAAUAUAAAAUAACGGUAUUGUAUUUAUCAAUUGUACCAGCUCAUGAUACAUCAUUGCCAAUUACUCCACCAACAUUCAUUAGUACUUCUUAUCAUGAUCAACUUCUUUCUGAUUUAAUGUUAAGUCAUUCUAUUGGAGAUAUAUGUUUAAUUGGUCCAAAAGGUUGUGGAAAAAGUUUAAUUAUUGAUCAAUUUGCUUCAUUACUUAAUUAUCCAAUUGAAUAUUUUGUACUUUAUAAAGAUUUAUCAGCACGUGAAUUAUUACAACAACGUAUUACUAAUGAAAAUGGUGAUACUUUAUGGCAAAAUACUCCAUUAGUACAAGCAGCUAUUCAUGGUCGAUUACUUGUACUCGACGGUAUACAUCGUUUAAAUAAUGAUACAUUAGUUUCAUUACAAAGACUUAUUCAUGAUCGUGAACUUUUUUUACCUGAUGGAACUCGUCUUCUUCGUCAUGAUCGAUAUGAUCAUUUAGAAAAUCCAUCAAAAAAUCUUCGUCGAAUUCAUCCAUCAUUUCGUAUAAUUGCUCUUGCUGAACCGCCAUCUGGUAGUAAUAUUGGAUCUAGUGAAAGUUCUUCAAAAAUAUCUUCAAGUGAACAAAAUUGGUUAAAUGCUGAAACAUUAAAUUUAUUUUUAUAUCAUCAAAUGCGUUCAUUAAAUUUAACUGAAGAACGUCAAAUUGUUUAUUCAUAUUUAUCUUCAUCGAAUAAAUCAAUUCCAGCUAUUGAACAUCUUCUUCAAUUUGUUCAUGAAUUAAGAAAUUCUACUGAAACACAAUUAAAAACUGUUGCACAAUCAUUAUCAACACGUAAUGUUUUACGUAUUGCUAAACAUUUAAAACAAAAUACAACGAAUUAUCAUAUUCAAUUACGUGAUCAAUUAAUUCGACAAACAUCUGCACCAUUUCUUCCAAGACUUGUUCAAGAUGCUUUUUAUGAAGCAUUAAACAAAUCCGGUCUAGAAGUAAAUGAACAGACAAUAAUGUCAAAGAUCAAUUGGAAAGACUCAACUAUGAAUAAUAGUGAUUCAUUAAAAUCAUCAUUUGAACAUGCAGCAAAAGUUCCUUUUACAAUUUUUUAUGAAAAUCCAAUUCAUAGUGAAAUUAUUCAACAAAUGCAUGAAUCAUUUUUAUUAGGUGAACAUUUAUUAUUAAUUGGACCUCAAGGAGUAGCAAAAAAUCGUAUUGUUGAUCAUUAUCUUCAAACAUUAAAAUUACCUCGUGAAUACAUUCAACUUCAUCGUGAUACAACUGUCCAAAGUUUAACAAUUCAAGCGAAUAUAAUUAAUGGUCGAAUUGUAUAUGAAGAUAGUCCAUUAAUAAAAGCAAUCAAAGAAGGUUCAGUUGCAGUUAUUGAUGAAGCUGAUAAAGCUCCAACAAAUGUUACGGGUAUUUUAAAAUCAUUGAUUGAAAGUGGUUCAAUGUUUUUAACUGAUGGAAGACAUGUUUAUCCAAAAGAAACAGGAAAUAUAACAACAAUACCAUCGAAUAUGAUUAUUCGAACACAUCCAAAUUUUCGAAUGAUUGUUUUAGCUAAUAGACCUGGAUUUCCAUUUCUUGGAAAUGAUUUUUUCUUAAGUUUAGGUGAUCAUUUUUCAACAUUUCCAAUUCUUAAUCCUCCUCGUGAAAGUGAAAUAAUACUUUUACAAAAUUUUGGUCCAAAUAUUGAACGUAAAAAACUUGAACAAUUAGUUGAUGUAUUUACUGAAUUACGACAAUUAUCAAUCGAUGGUAUUAUUUCAUAUCCAUAUAGUCUACGUGAACUUGUUUCAAUUGUUAAACAUUUAAAUAUGUUUCCGAAUGAUUCAUUAGCUGAUGUUAUUCGUAAUGUAUUUGAUUUAGAUAAUUAUAAUACAGAUGUUAUGGAUCGUCUACGAACAAUUCUUCAUCGUUAUGGAAUACCAUUUCAUAUUGAAAAUCGAACAGUAAAUUUAGCUAUAAGUCAUCCAUUAAAACUUAUUCCGAAACAAGAAACAUGGCAAAUUAUGAUGACUGAUGGUGGAAAUAUUGAACAAUCAUCAUCGAUCAUUUUAAAUGAAAACUCAAAUAAACAAUCAAUGAAAAUUAUUCAAUCAAUUAACCGAACUGAUUUAAGAACACAAAAUUUUUCUGAAUUAAUUUAUAAAUAUCGUUUACCGUUAGAUGAAACAACUUAUGUACAUGAUCUUAAUGUUUUAAAUGAAAAUAAAUCUGUACUUAUAUUAACUGGUAAUCCACUUUCAUUAUGGAUAUUUAAAUUAGGUGAAAAUCAAGCAAAAAAAAUUGAUUUACAUUCGAUAUUUACUGAUAAUACAAAUCAAUUUACUACACCAAACUAUCAAUUAAAUGUGAUUCCUGGAAAUGAAAAACAAGUGGUUGUUGGUGAUUUAACAAGUCAAUCAUGGACAUUAGUUAAUAUAGAUAAUGGUCAAAAUUCUCUUAUUCAAUCAACGAUUUCAUCAUCUUCUCCAUUAACACAAACAAUAACUCGUAAAUUUAAUGAAAUGCUUUCUCAACGAAAUACAUCUACAUCACGAUCCGUAUACAAUUCAACGAAUGGUCAACUUCUUCAAUAUAUUCUUAAUCAUAAUUCAAUUCAUAUUAUUGAUUUUAUUAAGAAUAUAUCUCAACAAAUUAAACUUCCAUUUUCAGUUCGUCAUGUUAUUCCAUUUGGUGAUCAAUGGUUACUUACUGAUUACGUUCAACAAUCUUCAUCUUCAUAUCUUUUCAAUAUAAAUAAUGAACAAAAACCAAAUAUAUCAAUGAUUCAACAUAAUCUUGAUACAAUUGGUUUAGCUAGUAGUGGUGGAUAUUUUAAUGAUAAUUCAUUAUGGUUUUCAAGUUCAAAUGAUUAUUUAGCAAAAAUAAUUUCAAAUACAAAUAAUCAUUUUAUUGUUGAAAGAUUUAGAAGAACGAAAACCAUAUCAUCUGGUGAUGUACCACCACAAGAAAUGUAUGAAAAACGACGAUUACAAACAUUUAUUAAUAAACAACAUUCAUUAAUUGCUUCAUUUUAUGCUAAAAAUGAAAUUGAUAACAAAUUUACAAUAAAAAAUAAUAUGCCUGAUUCAUCAAUUCUUACUUAUAUUGAAUUAAUCGAUUUAAAAAAUCAUUUAAUAACUUAUAUUCCAAUUCAACGUCCACAACAACAAAAUACUCGUUCAUCAGCAUCUCAUCAUGAAUGGCAUAUGUUAAUUAAAUCUGGUUCAGGUGUUAUUGCUGCUCAAUAUAAUGAUGGUUCAUUAAUAACAAUUGAUGCUCAUGCUAACAUUCAUCAGUGGGAAAUCAUACCAAGUCAUUUACAAAUAUCAUUAGAUGCUUGGCAUAAACAUACAAGUCAAUCAGGACAACAUAGUCUUGAUAUUGAAUAUUUAAAAGGUGGAAAAACUGAUUUAAGUGGACCUAAACAUGGAAAAGUUGAUCCAGAAAAUAAUCCACAUGUCGGUGGAAAUCAAUGGGCUGGUGGUAGUGGUGGUCGAGAUACUGCAGGUCUUGGUGGUAUCGGAGGGCCAUAUCGUCUAGAUAGUGGUCAUCAAGUUUAUCAAGUUCCUGAUGAUGUAAAAGCUGCAGUACCUGAACAUAUUAGAAAAGCAGCAAGAGAAUUAGGUCAAAAAGUUUUUAAAGAACGUUUAAAAGAAAUUGAAAUGUCUGAAUAUGAACAUGAAGUUUAUGAAAAAUAUUUAAAUAAAAUUUCAAGUGAAAUUAAAAUGCUUCGUUCAAUUAUUGAAUCAUUAGAAGCAAAAUCACACGAUCGUCAAUGGGUGCGUCAUCGUACAACGGGCGAUUGGGAUGAAAGAAAAUUAAUUGAGGGUAUUAUUGGUGAAAAAUCUAUAUAUAAAUAUCGUGCUGAUGUUCCACCUGAACCUGGUAGUCCUCAAACAAAAGCUAAACGUCUUCGUUUAGUUGUUGAUUUAUCUGCAUCAAUGUAUCGUUUUAAUGGUGUUGAUAAUCGUUUAGAACGUCAAUGUGAAUGUGUAUUAAUGUUUCUUGAAUCAUUAGCUGGCUUUGAACAUAAAUUUGUUUAUGAUAUUGUUGGUCAUUCAGGUGAUGAACAUUCAAUUGAACUUGUACGGAAAAAUCAACCACCAAAAAAUAAUAAGGAACGUUUAAAAUUAUUAAAACUUAUGUAUACACAUACAAUGUUUUGUAGUUCUGGUGAUAAUACAUUAUCUGCUUUGAAAACAGCUAUUGAUGCAUUACAAGCAGAACCAGAUGAUACAGUUGAUGAACGUUUUGUUAUUGUUAUAUCAGAUGCUAAUUUUGAACGAUAUGGUUUAUCACCAAAAGUCUUUGGAAAAAUGUUACAAUCAAAUGAGAAUGUUCAAUGUUUUGCAAUGUUUAUUGGAUCAUUAGGACAACAAGCAACACAUUUACAACAGAAUUUACCAUCAGGAAAAGGUUUUGUUUGUUUGGAAACAAGUCAAAUACCGAAAGUCCUAAAGACUAUCUUUACUUCUGAUGUUUUGCAUUAA